AUGCCUCUAUUGAACAAGAAACCGAUUGAAAGAUGUGAAUUACCGGCUAAUGCGAAGCUCACAGAUAAAGUGUUCUUCCUUGAAGCAAGUAAUGAGAUAUUUCUCACAUAUGACGAAUUUUUCGAAAGAAUGAUCCAGCUAAACUCAACUCUAUUCUCUUGUGAAUUUACGGGCAAAACAGGUCUGACGUUUUUUGAGGCACUAGAAUCGGAGAAACAAGCCAUGAAGGCGCUUGGAAAUUUCCCUCCUCAAUUGGAGCAGUCUGUUCUUUAUCUUGUUAGAAAACACUUAUGCCGAGGACGGUUCGAUGAUCUCUUGAAUGAUGUGUCCUUGUUUAUGAAGGACCGAUAUUUCGUUGGUGAAGAGUGUUCAUAUAUUGACGGUAAUCUGAGGAUACCGGUGAGGAUCACCGGAGUUACCGUUGUUAAAGAUUGGCAACCUGAAAACGUGUACGUUUGA